GUUUUCGAGCAGAAUAUACAGCUGAGAUUUCUUGAGCAACAUGGAAGGCAGCCUUGCAGCAGACUCAGCAAAUAUGUUUUGUCACUGUGCAGAGAAUCCGCUUUGUUUUUUUGUUGUACGCCUGCAGCUUAUUUAAGAACUUUCCAAGAAAGCGGGAAGGGAGUGAGCCCACAAGGCAAAGAUGACUUCCACGCUUUUCAGAUUGACAGAUGAAGAACGUUCCGUGGUCCAUUUUGGCAGCAUGCCGUUUGAGCUGGCCGCCGAAGUUUCCGAAUUUCUACCGGCAAGUUUACGAGACCAAGACCUUUCAGCCUACCGCGCAGUGACAAAGGAGUAUGCUCAGCUUGUGCCAAAUGAGAGGCUACGCGAAGAAAGGGGACGGGCCUGCUUCGCGCAGCGCAAGAAACGUGGUAAGAAACAGCGCAAAACUCCGCCUCCUGGGAUGUCGGUGCAUUACUCUGGUUUCAUCGGCCCAUACUUCUACAAGAGCACGGGCAGUAUCUUUGAUGGUUGGUGGGAAUCUUGCGGCUUUACUUUUUCCUCUGUGCAAGAUCUUUUUCAUGACUGCUGGACCCCAUCGUUUACGUGAUGGAAGGGCGGCUGUGGAGGCCGAGGCCAGUGGAG